AUGGAGAAUAAAAGGAAUGUGACUGAAUUCAUUUUAACAGGACUUACCCAGAACCCUCAGAUGCAGAAAGUCGUGUUUCUGUUAUUUUUGGUCUUAUACAUGGUAACUCUCUCAGGCAACCUGCUCAUUGUGGUUACCAUUACCACCAGCCAGGCUCUGAACUCCCCCAUGUACUUCUUCCUGACCCACCUUUCCUUGAUAGACCUAAUCUAUUGUUCUUCUUCAGCUCCUAAGAUGAUUGUGGAUUCCCUUCAUGAAAAGAAAAUGAUCUCUUUUAAUGGUUGUAUGGCUCAAGUCUAUGCAGAACACAUUUUUGGUGCUACUGAGAUCAUUCUGUUGACGGUGAUGGCCUAUGAUCGCUAUGUCGCCAUUUGCAAACCUCUGCACUAUACCACCAUCAUGAGCCAUAAGCUGUGCAUUCUCCUGCUGGGAGUGGCGUGGGCUGGAGGAUUUCUCCAUGCAACCAUUCAGAUCCUCUUCACAGUCUGGCUGCCAUUCUGUGGCCCCAAUGUCAUAGAUCAUUUCAUGUGUGACUUGUACCCUUUGUUGAAACUCGUCUGCAUGGACACUGGAAGGAAGGGGGAGGAGAUGCUGAUUCAGACCAAGUGUGCAUUAUUUAGAGGCUUUGGUUCUACCAUCAGGGCAGACAGGACACAUUCCUCAGACAGAUGCCACGUGCAGCAGUGA